AUGGCCAAUAUCAGCAGAUCACAGUCAUUUAGUGGCCGAACUGACGUAAGUCCGAGUAAUAUUGUAGGAUUCCCUAUUAGAUAUCGUCCCCAGGAAUUUAUUUCCCAGUUACAAACUGUUAUCCAUACCGUUAUUACAACGAUUACUCAUUGGUAAGUAAGACCAUAUCUUGCAUGGAUGUUUAGCAUGAUGAAUACGUGACUGACAAGUACCGAGUAAACACUCCCCUCUUCUACAAACCCAAGUUCCCUCGUCCUCAUUAUGCUGUUGAUUAUAAACCCAAUCACACGCAAUAUUUCACCAGUCCAUACCAAUAUUUCAGUGGAUAUAGACACCGAGAGUAAGUAUAACAUUGCAAGUACUGAUGCUUUAGGUACAACUACGCCUUCCCCUAUCACAAGAACCGUUCGGCCGAUCCCUAUUACGAUUCAUACAUCAGGGCAGCCUACUAUUCCCCUUACAAUUUGGAGACAUACGAUGGUAUCUUACAAUUUACUUAUUUAAUCUUACUUUAUUUUCAGUUUUACUGCGAUGA